UUCAAACCGCAACCCUGAUCUUCAAAAGGUCACGGAUAGAAAAUUAAAAUUGCAGUUAAUGUUUUCUGCAGGUUUUGAUUAGUCUUGUCAGCGCUUAAAAAGUCCAAAAUCGAUAAGUCGCUUGUCAAGAGGACAAUUUAAACAUGGCCCAUGAAGGUAUCGAGCCUGCGAUGUUCGCGACGACGCAAUGAUGCACUAGUGAAAGCAUGAGGGCGAUGCGAAUGAAGCAAGCAAUGAAGGGUCAUGAGCCUCGUUCCAGCUCUUCCUGUGCAGCCUGCAAGCUGUUGAAGAGGAAGUGCACGUCGACGUGCAUCUUUGCGCCGUACUUCAGGUCCGACGAGCCGAAGAAGUUCGCCAAGGUGCACAAGGUGUUUGGGGCGAGCAAUGUGAGCAAGAUCCUGGUUGAGGUUCCCGAGGAGCAGCGGGAGGACACGGUGAACUCACUCGCUUACGAGGCCGAGGCAAGGCUGCGGGAUCCGGUCUACGGGUGCAUCGGGGCGAUAGCGCUGCUCCAGAGGAAGAUGCUUGAGCUGCAACAUGAUCUAGCCAUUGCUCGGGCCCGUCUCGCUCGAUAUACCGUGCCUGCAGUGAGCACGAGUUCUCCGAGCGUCUUGAUGGAUGAGAACGUUGGCAUGGUGUCUUUCUAUGACAUGCCUUGCUGCAGUGGAGUGAAUGAGAGUUUCGGCCAGAGUUCAUCACAAUUGACCCAAGUCCAACCCAUGAAUGAUUUUGGCCAGUUCCCUUACAUCUUUUGACUCUUGUCGCAAGAGAGAGGUUGGUUGGUCUGUUCCAUUUCUGCAAGCCCAGAAUAACCUCUCUCUCUCUCUCUCUCUCUCUCUCUCUCCCUCUCUGAUUUUCUGUGUAAUGGCCUGAAUUCUGAACAAUCAUAGCUACUUACAAUUUGGGUCCUGCUAUGAAAGACAGCACCUGCACAUGUGCAAUUAAGCAGAUUUUUCUUGCUUGGUCAUUUGGGAUGUUUUUACAGGUGGCACUUCAGUAGAUAAAAUAAGUUUUGUGGGAUUGGAGGUGUUUCAGACAUUAGUACAAGGUUAAAAAGGCAAAGCAAUUGAUGGAACUGGAAGAGGGGACUUCCUGUAAAAGUUCAUCAAUCAAGCUGAAGUUGCUUAAAGCUUUGUUAAUGACCAGGCUAAAGUUAGAGAGAGAGAGAGAGAGAGAGAGAGAGAGAGAGACGGUUCGAUGCUUCAUGUGUAUAGGACCGCGAUUCCUCUGAUAAUACAUGAUCAAGCACGACGGCAUAACCAAAUUCAUAUAAUCGAUCAGAUUUAGGGGGAUAAUGCUUGUUCGUUGGUGUUGUUCUCGUUAUAGCUAUGUCUUGCAGUUCAAGAUUAACUCUGUGAACGGCCAAACCAUCUUGGGCAAAUUGGGUUAGUGCAAAACUAGGAGCUAGUUCAAUAGGAUAAUAGAGACAGAAAAGUAUAUAUAUUGGAUGGCUGAAGUAAGGGACACCUCUUAUUUUUGGAUUAUAUUCUUCCCAUGAAUGACACUUUCCUUUCUGCUCUGAAUUGGGAACAAAAAAUCUGCCUUUUCAUAAGCAUUUUUAGUACUUUGCACUAUCAGUCUAGUGCGAAAAACUUGUGAGAGACCUAAAACUAAAGGCCAGACAUGGAGAGGAAGUAGCUAAGUAAGGUAGGAUGAGGAUGCUGAUGAUGAUGAUCAAAGGACAGGAAGCUAUGGUGCAAUGGCCAUCAUGUGACAACCCCACAGCGUACCGAAAUUUCUCACUUUGCUUUAUUUGAUGCAAUGUGGAUCCAAAGAUCAAAAGUCUCAGAAGGGAAAGCUCUCCUGUGGCCUGGGGUUGUCAAAUCUGAACACCAAAAAAAAAAAAAAAAAAGAAAUUUGUUCAGCAUAAUUUUUUCCACCACAACUUCAAUGUGACAUUAGAAAGAAAGGACCAACAAAACAAGAUGCUCCAUCAUUUCCCCCUGCACUUUGGUUGCCAUGAUAAUACACCGCGAAAAGCAAAGGAUGAGCGCACGGGCAGGAUUAAGACGGUGGCGCACAUUCGGGCUUUUAUCUUUAGUGCCCGUAUUUUCUUCAUUAGUGGGAUUUCCGCCGGUGGAGUUUAAGAUGCCGGGUUAUGUCAGGGCGCAUCAAUCAUGCAAUCAAUGUGCAGAGCUUUGUCGAAGCCUAUCUCACUUUUCCCAGCAUAUGACCUGCUACUACAAGUAGAAAUGCAUGGAGGAAUCAUUAUGAACCCGUCCUGAGCGAUCUAACAUCGCGAAUUUGCUAAGUUUUGCAGAUCCAAAAAUGCUAACGUGACAGUCUUGCAAGUAGAGAUGUUACACCAAAAGAUCUGAAUUGGGUGGAUGAAUGUUUCCCAUCAUCACCAGUUAUCCCUCUACCUCUGAAGGCCGAACGCAAUUGGACCCAAGUCACUGGAACUGUACAAAAGGCCCAGGGCCAGAUUAGCCAAACGUGGGCCGGUCUUGGGCCCAAAUAAGGAACGCGCAAGCCCAGGAAGCAAUCCGCUAGGGUUUCCUAUAAAUACCAAUCGCGUCGCAACAGGCGCUCUCAUAUCGACCUCGGGGCACUUGCACGGUGGCCACCGAGAGAAAGCUAGGGUUUUUGACGGCCUAGGAGCGGAGGAGCACAUCGACCUUUCACCAUGAGAGCCAAGUGGAAGAAGAAGCGCAUGAGGAGGUUGAAGAGGAAGCGCCGAAAGAUGAGGCAGAGAUCCAAGUAAAAUCCUCGUUGGGCGGCGAUAGGGACGUUGGAGAUUCGGGUUUCGUUGUUGGGUUUUUUGUACUUGGUUUUUUCUUGCAUUAAAGUUGAGAACUUUUAAGAAUUAGCGUCGGAUGUUGAAUCUAAAUAUUUGCUACUAUUCUCUGAAUCGAAUUCCUACUUUGAAUCUCACCGCGCCCUUUGCUUUGA